UUUGUUGUUUUUCAUUUGGUUAAUAGCUGUACACAACUUUCCCAUGAGCUUGCAGUAUGAGUGGCAAGACGAAACAGCUAACAAGAAGAGUCCUUACCAUGUAAUUUAUUCAGGAUUUACAGAGAGGGACAAAGGAAUGCAGUCCCUAUCCAUCACUGUUAUUGCUCUGAGUAAUCCCCCUUUCCCUCUCUCUCGUCAGCAGCAGCUUCACCCCCCUUACGGUGGCUACAUAAAGCCCAUGGUGGGUUUGCUUUCUGCUCUUCCACUCUAUCAGCUGUCCUAGUUCUGGGGGAAGGCGAGGUCUGGAAUGCUUCUAAUGACAAGGCGUCAGCCAGCUUUGUUGUUUUUAAUUUUGUUAAUAGCUGUCCACAGCUCUCCCAGAUUGGGAGAUACUCCAAGCUCAUCUCUAAUUUGCUUUUGCGGAAUGUGUGAGAGGAGGAAUUUGUAAUUGUCUUGGAAUCAGAUGGCAAAGCAAUAUGGAAACAUUUAUACCUUAUGGGGAGGACCACUAGCUGUGGUAGUACUGUCUGGAUAUGAAGCAGUGAAAGAAGCACUCAUUGACCGCUCUGAAGAAUUCUCUGAGAGAUUAGAGACGGCUUUUUUUAAUGAUAUAAUAAAAGGAAGGGGUAUUAUAUUUUCAAAUGGUCACACCUGGAGGCAACAGAGACGCUUUGGUGUGGUUACUAUGCGGAAACUGGGGCUGGGGAAGAAAGGCAUGGAGCAGCAAAUAGCAGAGGAGGCACAGCAGCUCGUGGAGGUGUUUGCACGUUCAAAGGGACAACCACUUGACCCCACCUUUCACAUCACUAAUUCAGUCUCCAAUGUGAUAUGCGCUAUGGCUUUUGGGCACCGGUUUGCUGUUGAAGAUGAACAGUUUCAGAAACUGAUAGAAGCCAUUAAUUAUUUACUAAAAUUUCUGUUUUCCCCCACUCAUAUUCUGUAUGAAAUAUUCCCAUGGAUUAUGAGAUAUCUCCCAGGGCCCCACAAGCAGGCAUUUUCUAGCCUGGAUACGGUGAUUUCAUUUGCAAAGGAUGAGAUAGAGAAGCAUAAGGAGACUUCGUCUCUGCAUGAGCCACAGGAUUUCAUUGAUUUCUAUCUACUUCAGAUGGAGAAACACCAGAACAGGAAUGAUCCAGAGUCUACGUUUAAUGAAGACAACCUGGCCCAAUGCAUUUUUGACUUCUUUGUAGCAGGGACAGAAACAACUGCAAUUUCUCUGAAAUGGGCACUUCUCCUCCUGGCAAAUCAUCCAGAUAUCCAAGAUAAAGUUCACAAGGAGAUAAAAAAUGUUAUAGGUUCUUCUCAUUCAAUGUGCUACCAAGAUAAGAAGAAACUGCCCUACACCAAUGCUGUGAUUCAUGAAAUGCAGCGCUUUAAAUAUGCCUUUGUAAGUGGAAUUCCCAGGCAAACGGCAAAGGAUGUGAAGAUACGUGGUUCUCUUAUUCCCAAGACGACUGGUAUCUUUCCUGACCUGCGCUCUGUUCUCCUUGAUCCCACACGAUGGGAGACACCUGCAGAGUUCAACCCAAAUCAUUUCUUGGACAAGGAUGGACAAUAUGUGUCUCGAGAAGAAUACCUGCCAUUUGGUGCAGGGUCUCGCAUAUGUUUGGGAAUGCAGCUGGCAAAGAUCGAAAUCUUCAUCUUCCUGACCAGCCUGCUGAGGGCAUUCAGCUUCCGGCUGCCAGAAGGAGUGAAAGAACUCAAUCAAGACCCUGUACCAAGGGUUGCAAUGAACCCUCAUCCUUAUAAAAUCUGUGCUAUUCCCCACUGCAGGACAUAAUAAAACAGGGACUGGCACAUUUCUCUCUCCUUCCUUUCCACUGAAUAUGAUGUUCUGCCCUGACUUGCUCAUUUUAUCUGAAAUUAACAUAAGAACAUAAGAGUCUUCUGGAUCAAAUUUAGGGUAGUUGUAUACCAGGCAAAGGGCCCUUCUCAGUAGUGGCGCCUGCCCUGUGGAACGCCCUCCCAUCAGAUGUCAAAUAAAUAAAAAACUGA